AUGACAACACGAAGAGAUGGAGGAAGGAUGCAAUUGGAUGAAGACAUAGAAGAAGUAGGAAAAACACCAUUCGCAAGGCAGAUACAAAUGGCAGUAGUACCAGCUAAAUGCACUUUACCUGUCUUUACUAAUAUUUUUGAUGGAACCACAUCUGUAGUGAAGCAUAUAAAGGGGUACAACAGAUCUUUACUGCAAUGGGAAGAUAACGAUGCGGUCUUAUGUAAGUAUUUUCAUGUCAGUUUAACAGGAGAGGCGUUACAAUGGUUCGAAGGGUUACCAAUUGGAACAAUAAGAUCAUUUAAUCAUCUCCAAAGUAUAUUCCUAGGAGCAUACAUCAGUAACAACAUGUUACGACCAGGAAUUAAAAAGAUAUUCAUCUUAAGGAGAAGAACCAAUGAAAUAUUGCAUAACCUAACAACACGUUGGAGGACCAUGUGUAAUGAGAUGGCUGGAAGAGUGGAUGAUAGAAAUUUCAUCUUGGCUUUCAUUAAUGCACUUUUCCCAACAAAUUUGUUGUAUACGCAAAUAUUCAGGAUGAAAGAUACCAUUACUAUGAGUUCCAAUAAGAAUACAUUGCUCUUGAAUAAAAGCAAAGAGAUAUGUAAUCUUAUCCAGUUGCGGUUACAAAUGUCAAUGAAGGGAAUGCAAGCCUACUACCAAGAACAACAAAUGCGGUCGCAAGCACAUCCCAAGGGAGUCAAGAAAAGAAAGUGA